AUGCCCAAUCUCCUAACCUACUUAGGUGACACCCUCCCGUCUGUGGUCGGCAUAUGUGAGACAUGGCUUCCCCCUCAUCUUUCCCUCUCCUUUCCGGGCUACAACAUCAUCCGCAAAGAUCGUGGUCAAGGACGUGGAGGAGGAGUCCUUCUCGUCAUCCAUGACUCCCUCAUCUCAUCGCCUCUCCCUAUCCCUCAGUCUCAAGAUGGGCGUCUGGAGGUUGUUGCUGCCAAGGUUGGACUUGGUGGUGGCUGGGUCACGGUGGCAGUCUGCUACAAUCCUGGGGGUCCAGCUGGCUACCGAGAGUUUAUGCUCUACUUUUCCACCCUGCAGCCUCCAGCUGGCACAGCUGCCUUCCCACUCAUCACCCGUCGUCGUCCACGCCGCCCUGGGAAGCCCUGGUGGGAUGCAGCCUGUGCGCAGGCAGUACAGGACCGUCGCCAGGCUUGGAAUCAGUGGCGUAGGACCCCCACUAUCCAGGCUGGCCGUGCUUACCGCCGCCUGGACGCUAUCUGUGCCAAGACCAUCCUCAAGGCAAAGCGAAAUGCAUGGGACCUGCACUGCUCCACUCUCUCCUUCCGCUCCUCUCCCAAGAGUACCAUGUCCUUUCUCCGCUCCGUGGAGGGCAAGUUGGUAUCUCAGAACAUCCCAGUUUCUGAUGAUGAUUCUACCCCACUGGCUGACCCUGAAAAAGCAAAAAUCUUGUCAGAACACUUCCACCUCAAGAUUGGUUUACCUCCUCCUCUUCGUCCGCCUCCAACCCUUACUUCAGUUAUUGAAACUGCCGUCUCCUCUCCAGCUCUCCCAUCCCUUGCUCAACCAUUCAAGCCUCAUGAACUCUCCUCAGCCUUAGCUACAUUAAAACCCGGUAAGGCGCCAGGCCUUGAUAAAGUCCCAUACGACUUCAUCCGCCACCUCACCCCACCCCUACGUGCCUGCCUCCUUCAACUAUACAACAGCAGCUGGCAAUCGGGGCAGUUUCCAUCCACCUGGAAACCCGCCAUCCUCAUCCCCAUCCACAAGCCUGGAAAGGACCCUACACUCCCUUCAGCAUACAGGCCCAUCAGCCUCCUCUCCUGCAUCGGGAAGCUGCUGGAGAGGUUAGUCAACACCCGCCUCACCUGGUGGUUAGAAGCUAACAACAAGCUAGCAGAGGAGCAAUGUGGCUUCCGCCCUCACCGGAGUACCCUGGAUGUGCUGGGGCAAAUUGAGUAUCACAUCUGUGACACUUACCGCCAGCGUCAAGUCAUGACGGCCCUCUUCCUUGACCUGGAGGGAGCAUUUGAUUCGGCACCACAUGAGGGCAUCCUGUACAAGCUGGCACUCAUGGGCAUCACUGGCACCACCCUUGCCUGGGUGCGCGACUUCCUCACCGGUCGCUCAUUCCAAGUGGCUGUUGGUGCAUCACUGUCACCUUCCCAAGGAAUUCAUCGUGGCGUACCUCAGGGAUCCAUUCUUAGCCCCCUUCUGUUCAAUGUUCUUCUCUCUGACCUACAGGUUCCUACCCACUCUCACCUUCUCCUCUAUGCUGAUGACAUUACCAUCGUCAGUCGAGCACCCACACUUUCCGAGGCUCAGGACCACCUGCAGGAGGCUGCCACCGCCUUGGGUGCAUGGAUGACAACCUGGGGCUACAAUGGGGAGGCUGUUCCAUACUCAACCUCACACACCCUCCUCGGACUGCGGCUGGAUGGCCCUCGCCUCUCCUGGGUAAAUCACAUCAGUUAUCUCCGCACCUCCUGCAACAAACGCCUGGAUGUGAUGAAGCGAAUAGCUGGCAUCCGCUGGGGAGCCAGUCGUGACCUGCUCCUCCACUACUAUAAGACCACCAUCAGGGCCAAAAUGCAGUAUGCCAGCUGCUUCUAUGGGUCAGCUGCCUACUCCAACCUCCUCAAGCUUGACCCCAUUCAGAACGCUGCCUUGAGGAUCUCUAUGGGGGCCAUGAGAUCCUCCCCAGUUGUUUCUCUACAAGCAGAGAGUGGUAUUCCUCCACUGUCCACCCACAGACGGAUGACCUUGUGCCAACAAUACUACAGGAUACUGGGCCUGCCUGCUUCCCACCCCUCUCUACCCUCCACUCCAACUCAGGGGUGGAUCAGCAAGCUCCUGUAUGGCUCCCGCUGCCCGUCAGCCACUAAUACAGCAGCCCACUUCCAACAGCUGGACCGGUCCAUUUAUCACCACCACCUCAAGAUCUACACGGACGGCUCCAGAGAUGCUUCCCUGCCCUCCUCGGCAGCAGCUAUAUAUGACGCCAGUACAGCUAUCUGUAAGACAUGGAGGCUUCCUGAGUACACAGAUGUCCUUACCACGGAGCUCUUUGCCCUUCUCCAGGCCCUCAUCUACCUCCGCACCUCUCACCCGAAGUCCAUGGUGUGGGUGCCUUCCCACAGCGGCAUCCGGGGGAAUGAGGUGGUGGAUGCUGCUGCCAAGAUGGCCUUAACCCAUGUAAACAUUACCCCCCUACCCCUCCAGCUUCAUUCUGCCAAACGGCUCAUAUCUCGCCUCUGCCACUCAUCCUGGGACUCUUCACUCAACAACGCACUCCGAGUCACCUCUAUGGGCCUUUACCGUAGCGACUCAUCUCCACAGCCUUGGGUCAGGAAACAGUCCCGCAUCCUAGAUGUAGCACUCACCCGCCUCCGUCUGGGCCACACAAGACUCACAGCACACCUGCAUCGCCUGGGUCUAUCACCGGACCCCUACUGCCCCUGGUGCAGGACGGUCGAGGAAACCAUCGAACACUUCCUCUUACACUGCCCCCGCUUCCACUCACACCGUGUUGUGCUUCGUGAUCACCUUGUUGCUUUGGGUGUGUCUACAUUUGACCUGCCCACCCUGCUGGCGGCGGCAGGCGUCCACUCCUCACACCAAGCUACGGUUCUGCGCCUCACCUGCGUCUUCCUGAAGAAGUGUGGACAACUACCCCGCCUGUGA